AUGGUCAAUUACAAUUUUGAUCUGCUGGAGCUCGCGGACGGGGAGUCCGGGGAGGCCGCGGUCUCCCGUCGUCGCCGCCAAGAAGAAGUCCGAGGCCGCCUGAAAGCUUUUAGGUUCAAGCUAGAACACCCGAUCACUUUCACCGCCGCCACCAAGCUCAUCGAGGCCGCCGACCCCGCCGAGCCGGCCGCCCACGACAAGCCCAAGUACUCCUACUUCACCAAACUGCAGCACGACAACGGUGUAAGAAAGUGUCAGCAAGAGCUCAAAAGGUUGAGAGAGGUUCUAAUCAAACUGAGGGAGGAGGAAACAAAAUUAAAGGAGAAGCAAGGGAACGAAGGCCGUAUCAAGGAGCUGUUCGAGGAGCAAAGGAGACUGAGGCAGGAACAGAGGAAACUGAGGAUCGAGGAACCCAAAUUGGCGCUUCAAAGGAAAGCUUUCUAUCAGGAGCAUAGCAUUCCUUUGGAGGAGGAUGAGAGGAAGAGACCCAACAAUUCUGAUUUUACCGAUGCAGAUUCUGGCAGCAAUUAUGACGGGGUUAGCGGUAAUGUCUGCAACCAUAAUGACGCUGGCAGCUGUGGGAGCAACGACCAGGUCUGUGAUGGUGGUGCAUAUGGACAUGACGAGAGGCAGGUUGAGAGAAGUCACGACAACUACAGCAAUGGUGAGAGGCAGGGGAACCGUCAGGGCCAGCCUAGGAUGAGGGUGUACGUGCGCAAGGUGAAGGCGUCCUCUGAUGCUGGAACAGAGGCUGAGGAAAAGCCUGAAGAAAAUAUGGUGAGUGCUAGUGUGAGAGAAGAGAAGGAGGCCAAUACGGAUAAUGCAGUCACUGCGCCUGCUUCUGAAUCGGACAAGUCUGCUAGUGGUGCUACCCAAGAUGGUCGUAGCAACGAACAAGGUGCUAGCACAAGAGAGAAUUUUUUUCCGUAAGGAAAAGCUUAACGGCUCUGAGAAGAGGAAAAAGAAAAAUGCUAAGAAAACUAGCAGCAGCGAGCCGGAGAAGGCGAAGGAGCAAGAUUCUGAGGUAGAUGCUUCGAAGAAACAGGCUGACAAGCAACCACUGGAAGAAGAGAAGAAGACCCUUGCUGAGUAUGAGAGGAUGCGUGCGGAGAAAAAGAAGUCUGUGGAGGUCUCAAAACCUGAGAUGAGAAAGGUCACUGCUGCAGAAUUUAAUAACUUGCAGAUGUUGGAGAAAAAGAGGCUGGAUGAUGUGGAAACUGUCAUGAAGGCAGAAAAGGCUCAGCCCAAGGUUAUGGAGGCUAGCAAGAAGGAAAAAGCCGUUGAGGUAGAGGGAAAGGAGGCUGCCGCAAAGGAUGCCAAA